GUCACACAGACUGGACCAUAUGACCAGAGUGAGGGGGAGAGAGAGAGAGAGAGAGAGAGGGAGUAAGAAGUGAGAGAUGCAGUGUGUUUGCCAGCUCAACAUUUACAGCAACAAACAGUAAAUACAACGACAGCCUCUGCUUAUCUUAUAUUAUCAUGAGUUAACCUUCUUCCCGGACACUUACCAAAACAUUGGCAUCAUGAGGACCAGUGCAGGAGGACGACUGGAAAACAUCUUAACAAUACAGGAGCUGGACGAGUGACUACCUUCAAAAUGAAGUGUUCUGAGAUUCUUCUGUUUGCAUCAUUCUGCGUCUCCUGGUCUUCAGCUAUAAACAUCCCCAGCAAAGAAGAACCCAAGAAGCUAAAGUACCUGAUCGACCCUCCCGUGUUCGCGGAGGUCAGUGGACGACGGGGAGAUAACGUCACGUUGCCAUGUAUCCUGCAAACCAAACCCAGCCAUUACAAAGUGAAAUGGACAAAGCUGGAGCCAAAACACGUGGGGCCGGAGAACAUUAUCAUGAUAUCAAACGCACACGCCUUCAAGCCGUACGGCCGUCUUGGCACGCGGGCCUCACUCCGGAAGGCCCACAUCAUGGACGCCUCCUUGAAGCUUAGCCAUCUCGAGCUGGAAGAUGACGGCGUGUAUCGCUGUGAACUUAUUAAUGGCAUCGAGGACGAGAAUGUUGUCAUUACAUUAAGGGUUGAAGGUGUGGUGUUCCCAUACCAGAGCAAAAACGGCCGCUACAGCUUCACAUUCCAUGAAGCCCAGAAGGCUUGUGCUGAGCAAGAUGGCACACUAGCUACACAAAACCAGCUCUACAAAGCCUGGACUGAGGGUCUGGACUGGUGUAAUGCAGGUUGGCUCGUUGACGGAACUGUUCAGUAUCCAAUUAUCCGUCCUCGACCUAUCUGCGGAGGAGAGCUGCUCCCGGGCAUUCGCAGUUAUGGACCAAAGGAUAAGCGUCGUGAUCGGUUUGAUGCGUUCUGCUUCACGUCCCAGACACGUGGCUCCGUCGUCUAUAUUCCGGGGUCUUUCUCGUUCGAGCAGGCAGGACAGGCCUGCGAACGUCAGGCAGCAGAGUUGGCGUUAGUCGGACAGCUUUACUCUGCCUGGUACUUCCACAAAUACGACCAGUGUGAUGGCGGAUGGCUGAGAGAUGGCAGUGUGCGGUUCCCCAUCAGCAACCCCAGGGAGCGCUGUGGAGGCAUCCCUGAGGCCGGGGUUCGCUCAUUUGGAUUCCCCAACAAGAUGACGCAUCUUUACGGAGCAUAUUGUUACAGGUAGCCGGAGAACUGUAUUGAAUGUAUUGUAUGCACUGUAUAAUUUACAGGAACAGCCUCAUUAAAUUACACUAUCGCUACCGAAUAACCCAUAUAUUACCACAUAGGAAUUAAAAGAAACGUGUAGAUGUGGCUUCCAACAUAUCCUUUCUAUUUAUGCUGUGGCAUUAGAUAGACUUGAAUGAUCCAUCAACUGCAACGCAAGAAACCUCAAAUAGGAGGCAGACAUCAGAGAGUAGUUAUAUUUAAAUUUCUAUAAUCUCUAAUCUGAAUUCUCUCGCUGACAAAUUUUAUGAUUUGAAACUUCUCCAGCUUUUUUGAUUUCAUUAAUUUCUGUCAUUUGACACUAGGGCAGAAAAGUUAUGUUAAUGGAUAGUUUAGUAUUUUUGAAGUGUGGUUGAAUAAGGUACUAAGCAGGCGGUCAAACACGACUACCACCAGGGACAACAGACAUAAGUCUAACCCAAUAAAUUCCAUGUUCACUGCUUUACCUUAUUGUUUGACUUCUUUUUCCAACAGGAAACUGGAGUUUGUGUCAUUUUGUAAACCACAAACUCCUCUGCACCUGAGUCCAUUGACAAAAACAUGGAUUUAAGGUCACG